AUGCAGCUCACCUUUGGCCUCACCACCGCUGCUAUCCUGGCGCAGCUUCUGGUUCACGCCAGUAUCUCCGCAGCCCAAUAUGGCCACGGUCGCGGCCUCGAACGGCGAGACCUGCUCAAUCUCCUCAUUGAGCUUGAAGCUCGUGAAUGGCUCGAAGAGCUUUCAGGGAGAUCCAUCCCAAAGCGUUGCAGGGUUGUAAAAGGCUCGGGCCGAGGCCCAUGCGACGUUAACGCAUGCGCUGGCUUUUGGAUAACUUGCAUGGAUGACUCCUGUGAGACAGUUCCUGAUGAAUUACAUCCGGACUUUCCAGAGGAGUGCAGGAACUGUAUUUGCCUUAGAGACGGGGCGGCAUGUCGAUUUGCUCGAGCUCGAGCCCGCGCCCAUUUGAUCCGGAGAGCCGAUUAA